GGACGAGCAGCAGUGGUGGAGGUCAAGGAUGCUACAACGGGCGAGAGAUGAGGGCAUUCAGGUCCCUUCGGACCUCGAGGAGGGGCUUGCAAUUGCCCCUGUGGAGGGUAGACAGGAUCGUCACCAAGUGCCGCACCUGACUCAGACUCGCCUGGAUGAAUGGGUUCAACACCCCAUUCAGUACGACCUGGAUAUGGCCUACAUCCGAUUCUUUGUGGGUUGUGGUGUGCCAUUCAACAUCGCCAGAUUGGAGUUGUAUGUGGCGCUUCAUGACGCCUAUCUCAGUCAGUUUAGGGGUCCCUACAGGCCGCGUCAGCCACAGUACGAGUUCCUGAGGACGACUCUGUUGUCCAUGUUGUACGCAGAGCUCAACGAGCGCUUGAGGUAUCACCGUGAGUCGUGGUCUGGGGGGGUCACUUUCAUGACUGACGGUUGGUCGACUCAGGCCAACCGCCCUCUCUGCAACUACUUGGUCGCAGGGAGGUUGGGGGCGUCGCUCUACCGGGUGGAGGAUAUGUUUGGCAAGGGAGGACCGGGGCAGGGGGCCAGUCAUCGGGUGUUGUGGGACAUUGCCAUGCGCUGCUUGGGUGCGAGGACCACAGCCUCUCCGUGUGAGAGGAAUUGGUCGACGCACGACUUCGUUCACACGAAAAGGCGCAACAGGUUGGGCGUUGAGCAGUUGGAGAAGCUUGUGUUAUGUCAUUGGAACAUCAAGCUUCUCAAGAGCAGUCACGCGCGCGAGGGGUUUAUCGGGGCUGGUUUCUCGGGGGUUGGAUUGACCGAUGUCGAGAGGAGGGCUGAGGACUUCGCUCGCUACGAGCCGGACGAGAUGGAUCCUGGGAUGUACGACCCGACGGAGAUCGAGAGGGAGGCCGACCGCCUCAGGAGACAGCCGAGGGGCAGACGCUUGGCGAGGGCUGCAACAGCAUUGGCCCACCAGAUUCGUCACCAGGGCGGUGAGGCGGUUCAGGGGGAGGACGUCAUUGAUGAUGAUGUCUCCUGGUUGACGGAGCCUUAUCGAGGAGACGGGUUCUUAGAGCGGGCGGCCCCUGUGACUGUGAGCCCUGCGGGUCGGGUGCUCCCGCCACGAGCGGCGGAUGAUUGUUCAGGCGUCCUUGCCGCCACGCUCGCACCAGAGGCAGAAUCCCACAGCCUGCCUGUGGACGAUGCAGACGACAUAUUGGGCGGCACUGAUGCAGACGAUGCGAGCGCGGGAGGGAAUCGAGCAGCGAGGGCCGCUUGUGGGUCUGCCCGUGCGGGAGAGGCAGGCACGCCUGGAGCCGUUGGAGCAGGGCAGGCGUCGCCCGCCAGGCACAUGCACGAUCUUCCUUCCCUCAGUGCACGGCCGUCGGCGUCGGGUGCGGUUGGGUGCUCUGUAGCACAGGGGGACACGACCGGCCCAAGUCACACUGCGAUGUCCCAGAGCCCGAGGAAGAUGAAGAAGUGCGCGUCGAAACCGCCAAGUGGGAAGACGGCUGCAGGCAAAAAGAAGAAGAGCCCGAAGCCCGUGCCAGCCACCGAUGACACUGCAGAUGCACGCAGUCAGCCCCACAGACGCCGUCGACGCCCCGAGAUGGCAACUCUGGCGGAAAUCAGGAAGUUGCAACGAUCCACUGACCUCUGCUUGGCUUUCAGGCCAUUCUUGCGGAUCGUGCGCGAGGUUGUGGAGGAGACCAUUGCUCCUGGUGAAGGCAUGAGGUUUCAGAUGACGGCGGUGAGUGCUUUGAUGGAGGCUGCCGAGGCGUACCUGGUUUCCAAUUUCGAGAACACCAACGAGGUCGCGAUCCACUCGAAGAGGGUGACGAUCCAGGUCAAGGACAUGAGGCUGGUGGAUAGGUUGUCGAAGCCUCGCCGGGUGGAGAAAUAUGAAGGAAUGUUGGGCGAGAGGGCAAGAGCAGAGGAGAGGCAGCGACGGAUGGAGGCCAGACAGGAGGAGACGGAUGGCAGCAGAGCAGGCGCGAAGAAGAGGAGAGCAGUGCCUCCGGAGGGCAUCCACUACAACGGUGACAUCGAGUUCUCUUUGCUGAAGGAGAGGGUGCCGAGUUACUUCGCAGUCAGUGUGGAUAUGAGAUCCACAAUCAUGGCAAAUGACGAGGGCUGUGUCAAGGCACGAAUGCUCUUGCAACGCUUCAGAGAGUCACCAUGUAUACGUGUGGACAACGAAGUGGAACACAGUCCUUAUAGUCUAAAAGGAGUGGUUCAGUGGAUGUGCAACGAAGGGACGUGCGAAGAUGGAGACGUGGACAUGACAAUGCACAAAAAAGGGGGAACGUAUGCACCUGCAGAUUUCAAAAAGUUGCUGGGCACUGUGGCGAAGAACUCCGACAUGCUUGUUGAUGGGUCCAAGGACGAGUUGAAAACUGGUGCUGCAGAGAUCUUGGUGUUGUCCAGAAUAAAGAACAUCACACAAACAGCACCACAGGACUUCCAAGAUGUUCCUGUAAUUGUUGCAGAUGGUGUGGAAUAUGUUCUGCUGGAUCAGCUCUGCGAUUUCAUGAAAAAGAGUGAUGAGGACAGGAACGUCAUCCACGAGGCGUUGCACGAAGUGACAGAGUUUGCACUGCAGCGUAAAGAUCUGAUCGAAUUUGUGCCAGCGAGAGGAGAAGACGACUUCAUAUCCAGCAGUUCGUUGUGGGGGGACUUAUUGUCACGCAUAGCAGACACAGAGGAGGUACUGCUUGCGGAUAUCUUCAAUGCUAACAUUAUGGAAAGAGAUCAGUGUGAUGUUGGAUUCGAAGACGCCGAUUUGGCAAGUUGUUUUGCAAUAUACACAGACAAUGAAGAUAUAGAAGAAGAUGAAGAAGAGGAUGAGGAGGCAUCGUCUUCUGACGUGGAGGUGGGCGCCAGCGAUGUCAGCAGCGACGAGGCAGAUGAGGAAGAUGAUGUUUACUAUGAUUUGAAGGGGGCGAGUGGACAGAUGUCAAAAGGUUGGACACAUGCAGUUCUGAGGUUGGCACGUGCUUUCCCCGAUCCGCACAAUGUGUUGCGUGUUGUGAUGAAAGGGGCAACACCUGACGGUGCUCUACAUUAUGCCGCAGUCACCACUAUAAUGCAAGCAUGCAACAAGGGGAAAAAGUGGUCACGUAUUGGCAAUGGAUGGUUUGUUCUGGUGAACAGAGAGGCUGUGCUAGCAACGUUACUGGCGUGGGGAAUCAACCUCAGUUGCCUCAUACACGGCAAAAUGGACAGCGGUCCACGGGUAUGCGACUGUGGCAGGCCUUUCAUGUCCUUACGAACUUUGAAUUCACAUCGUGCGAGGGCAUGCCCGGCUGUGGUGGACGAAAGAGCACAAGGGCAGGAGAUGGACGUUGCUGACGCCUGCGGGUCAUCAAACAUAGGUGCAGUGAAUCUCGUGAGCGAUGAGAGCGAGGACAUUGGAGCCCCCGAGAACGCAGACGGGGAGGGCAGGUCAUUCGCAGAGCAGCAACCACCGCCUGCCGAGUCUUUUGACAGCUCUCGCAAGCUUGCGGCAUUGAUUUUCUAUGCCAGGGUUGGCGUCGGUAUGUCGCAGAGUGACAUAGAUGCUCUCUUGUCACUUCUCAAAGACCCGAGAUUCAGCACGACAGAUAUUGCAUACCGUAAUAGUCGAGAGUGUUUGACAUGGGCAGGCAGUCUAGCAGAGGCUGCGGGAUGGAAGGAGUCAGAUCUGCGUGGCGACGACUGGCCACGAGAUGCGCAUGCCAUCUUGUGACACCGCGAUUGGCGAGCCACAUUUCUGUCGAUUUUUAAUAUCGCAUUACAGAAAUUUCGAGACGGUGUCUUCUCUAGAGGUGUCCCCGCGGUCAGAGGACCUCAGUAUGUUUAGCCCGCGCAGCGGGGCACUAAGUUAUCACAUCCAGUCGAUCAUUCGAGCAGACAGAGGUAUGGACGGGAAUGAAAAUCCACGUUAUGU